AUGGCACCGAUUCACCGCGUUACACUGUUCAAAAUUGAAAGCGAGAAUGACCGAAAACGCUUAUUGGAAUUAUACCAGGGGAUGCCGAGUAAAGCAUUAAAGGAUGGCAAGCCGUACAUACAAUCCGUGACCGCUGGCCCGACCAAGCCGGAUCAGCGAGCGCAAGGAUUCACGUUUGCCGCAAUUUCCGUCUUCAAAUCCCUCGACGACAUGGAAUAUUACGACAAUGGCUGCGCGGCACACGCACAGUUGAAAGAGUUUGCGAAAAAGGCGCAUUCCGGCGCAAUGAUGGUAUAUUUGGAGAAUGGCGUAUAA